CUUGUAAUUGUUUCAGACCGCUCUGCAGUAAACCUGUAACCGACGCUUAACAUAACCUUGUAUAUGUCUAUAGUUUUACUAAUAAGUAAAAAAAUUUUAAACAGACUGAAGGCAAGGUAAAUUGAAGAUAAAACCUUCUAAAGUCUAACAAUUCAAGCCAAGAUUGUGAAGACGUGUUAGAAGUAGCGGUAAAAUAGUUUAACACGUAGGGUAUAUCUUUAUAAAAUUUUUAGCAAAAAUGGACAUCCGUCCAAAUAAUACUAUUUACAUUAACAAUUUGAAUGAAAAAAUCAAGAAAGAUGAAUUAAAGAAAUCAUUGUAUGCUAUAUUUUCUCAAUUUGGUCAGAUAUUAGAUAUUGUAGCUUUGAAAACACUGAAAAUGCGUGGACAAGCUUUUGUUAUUUUUAAAGAAAUAGCAAGUGCAACGAAUGCUUUGAGAUCCAUGCAAGGAUUUCCAUUUUAUGACAAACCAAUGAGGAUACAAUAUGCUAAAACUGACAGCGAUAUAAUAGCAAAAAUGAAAGGUACCUUUGCGGAACGUCCCAAAAAACCGAAACGAGUUGUCCCAGCUGCAGAUGAAGAAGCUAAACGCGCCAAGAAACGUGCAAAAGAACAAGCCAAACAUUCACAGCAAAUUGGUUAUCAAGCUGGUGUACCUCAACAUCCAGGCCUUAUAAACACAGCUGUGCCUGAACAACCACCAAAUCAAAUAUUGUUCUUGACAAACUUGCCAGAUGAGACAAGCGAGAUGAUGUUGUCCAUGUUGUUUAAUCAAUUUCCUGGUUUCAAAGAAGUACGAUUAGUACCUAAUCGACAUGAUAUUGCAUUCGUUGAAUUUGAGAAUGAAGCUCAAUCGGGAGCGGCGAAAGAUGCUCUUCAAGGUUUUAAAAUCACACCUUCGCACGCAAUGAAAAUAUCGUUUGCGAAAAAAUAAGUGUACACUAAAUAUUUCCUAUUUUUCUAAUUGUGAUUACAAUUAUUUAUAAAAUGAAUAUAUGUGCAUCCAAAGUCAGGAGUAAUAAUCUUAUAAAUACAAAGGUCUUCGUUGUGGUGUAAGUA